AUGUUUAUUUAUUUUGUUGAUUCUGCUUAUCUUCAGCACAUUCCAUGGUACUUGACACUUAUUGGGGCACGCAUCAUGUCCUCAAAUAUGAUGUUUCAAAAAAUAUUGCUGAUGUUCAUGUCUCUUUUAGUAGCUGCCUGGAUAAUUGGUAUGAUUUCUCAUAACUCCACAAAGUUUUGGUCUGCUCUAAACCUAUCCAUCUCCCUCCGCAACUGGAACACCUCCACAAAUUCCUCAUACCCUAAAACACCACUGAGCCCAUUAAAGUCACUAACAGAGACUGAACUGAGAAUAAAGGGAAUUGUGGAGAAACUAGACCAGCUGAUCCCACCCAGACCCUUCACCCAUGUGAACACCACCACCAGUGCUGCACACAGCAGAGUCACCAUCCUCAACCCUCAAGAUACAUACUGCAGGGGGGAUCAGCUAGACAUCCUGCUGGAGAUGAGGGACCACUUGGGACACAGGAAGGAAUAUGGCAGAGAUUUCUUGAGGGCCAGAAUGUCUUCCCCAGCCCUGAAGGCAGGUGCUGCAGGAAAGGUGACAGACUUCAACAAUGGCACCUACCUUGUCAGCUUCACUCUGUUCUGGGAGGGCCAGGUCUCUCUGUCUCUCCUGCUCAUCCACCCCAGUGAAGGGGUGUCGGCUCUCUGGAGGGCAAGGAACCAAGGCUAUGACAGGGUGAUUUUCAAAGGUCAAUUUGUUAAUGGUACCACCCAAGUCUUCACUGAAUGUGGCCUAACCCCAAUAUCAAGUGCUGAACUGUGUGAGUACCUCGAUACUCGAGACCAAGAAGCCUUCUACUGUGUGAGACCUCAGCACAUGCCCUGUGGGGCCCUGACUCACAUGACCACCAGGAAUCGAGAAAUUUCUUAUCUUACUGUCAAGGAACAAAGCCUUUUUCACAGGUCUAAUGUGGGAGUUGAAAUGAUGAAACAUCUUAAACACAUUAACGUCUCCCGAUGUAACAAGAAUGAAAACAUAAAAGAGAAAUGCCAAACUGGAAUGAAGGUUCCCGUCCCUGGUGGUUAUACUUUAGAAGGAAGGUGGAUUACAACAUUUUGCAACCAGACUGAGUUUAAUACAAUUAAGAUGAAUGACUGUUUGAAAGGAAAACUAAUUUACCUCCUGGGAGACUCUACACUGCGUCAGUGGAUCUACUAUUUACCCAAAGUUGUAAAAACACUAAAAUAUUUUGAUCUUCACGGAACUGGAAUUUUUAAGACACAUUUGCUUCUGGAUGCAGAAAGACAAAUUCAAGUUCAAUGGAAGAAACAUAGCUAUCCUUUUAUCACCUUUCAACUCUACUCUGUCAUAGAAGAGGGUUAUAUCCCUCGGGAAAUUGACCGGAUACCAGGUGACAGAAACACAGCCAUCAGCAUCACGCUUGGCCAGCACUUCAGACUCUUCCCCAUUGACAUUUUCAUUCGCAGGGUCAUCAGUGUCCGCAACGCUAUUGAACGACUACUUCUAAGAAGCCCGGCCACUAAAGUGAUCCUUAAGACAGAAAACAUCAGGGAGAUGCAUACAGACACAGAAAGGUUGGGAGAUUUCCAUGGUUACAUUCAAUAUCUUACCAUGAAGGACAUUUUCAAAGAUCUCAAUGUGGGUGUCAUUGAUGCCUGGGACAUGACUAUUGCCUAUGGCACCAAUAAUGUUCACCCACCUGAUCAAGUGAUUGCAAAUCAGAUUAAUAUGUUCUUAAACUACAUUUGCUAA